GCAUUUGAUACCAUCCUACUUUUUGUACCGCUGCGUAUUUAUCCCCAAUAAAAGGCUUCCAUCUUCUUAUCAGUACAGAAGCUAAGCCUACAACUUACAUAAUCGAGAGCUAGAGAUAGAGAGAGGGAGAUCAUAAACAUGGAAGAAAUACGUGAGGCUGCUUUAGCUUACUACCAUAACUUGCCAGAAGACCUACAGAAGCUGGCAUCUGAAAAAUUCAAAGAAAUUGAUUCAAAUGGUAAUGGCACAAUAAGCAUCAGGGAAUUCAAGAAGAGUAUGGGAAGCUCUUUCGACAAUGACUCCGUGAUCAUGAAGAGAAGCUUCAAGGAGCUGGACAAGAACGGAGACGGCAAGUUGGAUUUCAACGAAUACAUCACUCUUUACUAUCUUGUAGAGAGCGGUAGGGUGCUGAUUUAUUGUGCGGGCGAUGGAUGUGAGGCCGCACCUUUUCUCAAGGGACUCUAUUUUACUUGCGUCGACUGCUUCCACCAUAACGAAAAUGAAACUUUCGAUCUCUGCACCUCCUGCUACCGCAAUGCUGACUUUGUUCAUGAACACACCAACUUUGUGGAUAACCAUGUGUUACUUCGUUCCAAGGCUGCUUGUUGUGAAUCCACAUCUGAGCCAUGCUCUUCUGGGUCUGAUUCUGAGUCCAAUCAAGUUAGUCGAUCUGGAUCAAAGAGAGUGGAAGUUAAGCGAUCUGGAUCAAAGAGGAGGGCAGUAUUUGGAGCAAUCAAUUCUGGAGUGAGCGUUGCACAGGCAGUAGGAAGUGUUGCAGCUGAUGCUGCUUCGUGCAGCAUCAUGUGAUCGAUCUACAUCCAUUUGUAACAGUUUCAUCCUAUUUGCCUUUGCUUGGUUCUCCAGUUUCAACCAAAAAACAAAAAGCAGUUUCAUCGUAUUUCAAUAAGCGUGUAAUGCAUAUUGACUUUGACUUAAUGCGUGGAGAGAAUAAGGAUUAUUAAUGUUGAUUCAUUGUGUUAAUGAGAUUUUUUUUUUUUUAGUGUUUUUAUCAUUUUAUCUUUGCUAGGGUUUUAAUACAU